AGAGGGCGGGGCGCAUCCCAAACGGAAGGUGGUGGUUGUUGGUGCCGAAGCUGGUUUGAAACUGGGGGUCGGGCCUGGCCGUCGUUGUUUGUUGCUGCGGCCCCGCUUCCGGGCUAGGCCGUUCCUGCCCGCCCCCUCCCCGCCUCCCUUCGGACCCCUGAGUCCCAGGCCCGGCUCCUCGCCCGACUCGCGCCCCUCCCGCCUCAGCCUGCUGUGGACCCGGUCCGCACCAUGUCCCUGCACGGCAAACGGAAGGAGAUCUACAAGUAUGAAGCGCCCUGGACCGUCUACGCCAUGAACUGGAGUGUGCGGCCCGACAAGCGCUUUCGCUUGGCGCUGGGCAGCUUCGUGGAGGAGUACAACAACAAGGUUCAGCUUGUUGGUUUAGAUGAGGAGAGUUCGGAGUUUAUUUGCCGAAAUACCUUUGACCACCCGUAUCCUACCACAAAGCUCAUGUGGAUCCCUGAUACAAAAGGCGUCUAUCCAGACCUACUGGCAACAAGUGGUGACUAUCUCCGCGUGUGGAGGGUUGGUGAAACAGAGACCAGGCUGGAAUGUUUGCUAAACAAUAACAAGAACUCUGAUUUCUGUGCUCCACUGACCUCCUUUGACUGGAAUGAGGUGGAUCCUUAUCUUUUAGGCACCUCAAGCAUCGAUACAACUUGCACCAUCUGGGGGCUGGAGACAGGGCAGGUAUUAGGGCGAGUGAAUCUUGUGUCUGGCCAUGUGAAGACCCAACUGAUCGCCCAUGACAAAGAGGUCUAUGAUAUUGCAUUUAGCCGGGCCGGAGGUGGCAGGGACAUGUUUGCCUCUGUGGGCGCUGAUGGCUCGGUGCGGAUGUUUGACCUCCGCCAUCUAGAACACAGCACCAUCAUUUACGAAGACCCACAGCAUCACCCGCUGCUUCGCCUCUGCUGGAACAAGCAGGACCCUAACUACCUGGCUACCAUGGCCAUGGAUGGGAUGGAGGUGGUGAUUCUGGAUGUCCGAGUUCCCUGCACUCCUGUCGCCAGGUUAAAUAACCACCGAGCGUGUGUCAAUGGCAUUGCUUGGGCCCCACAUUCAUCUUGCCACAUCUGCACUGCAGCGGAUGACCAUCAGGCUCUCAUCUGGGAUAUCCAGCAAAUGCCCCGGGCCAUCGAGGACCCUAUCCUGGCCUACACAGCCGAAGGAGAAAUCAACAAUGUGCAGUGGGCGUCGACUCAGCCCGACUGGAUUGCCAUCUGCUACAACAACUGCCUGGAGAUACUCAGAGUGUAGUGUCAGUGGCGCCGUGCCCAUGAGGCAGGGGCUUGUGUGCUUCCCGCCUCUGCCCCACCCCCAAAGUAAGAAGAAACAUGUUUCCAGUGGCCAGUAUGUCUUUCGUUGCUUUGCACCCACUGUUACCAGAAGCUGCUCUAGGAGUUCCUGGCCAGUUACCCAUCGCUCUCUGUGCCGGACUCAGUGCUGUGUGGCGCCUCCUCAGCCCAGGGCUGAGUUUUAAGAUUUUCUCUCCUUUCCUCUUCUCCUUUGUUUCCUCAAUUAAAAAUUUCUGUAUAUUUGUUUGUCAGUUGUCAUGUUAAUGAGCAGUCAAGCACUGGCUAUGUUUGUAUUCAUUUGCCCCAGAUGUCUCCCUCUGUUUGCUGCCCAAGGCAGUAGCCCCUGUCUUGUCCACGUCCAUGUCCAUGUUAGCACUUAUGUUUACAUGGGAACAAAUACCAAUUUGAAGUUGUCUCUCCUCCUAUUGUCAAUGUCUUUAACAAACUUUAACUUUGUAUAUUUUUUAUCAGGCUAAUUUUUUUAGGAAAAGAAUUUUACUCUUCCUGGUUUUUUCCUUUGUUUUAUAGUUCUCCCUCUUUGUACCUUCCUCUCUUCCCUCAGUGCCUAGAGCUGGUACUGAGCCCCUGACCCCAUGAGCAGUUUGCCUUCCUGAGUCACUGCCUGAGUAGUACAUACCUAACCGGGAGUCCCGAAACCACCUUGGUGCUCUGAAGUCCCCUCACUCAUUACACCUUUUCUUAGCUUGGCUCUUCUCAAGGGCAUUCUGGGUUCGCAGUGAGACAUAGGAAACCUUCUGUUACCCUCUGAAGUACCACUGUCCAGCCCCACUGGUGCCCGCUGAGAACAUGGUAGAGCUGACAGAGGCAGUCUACUUGGGGUACCUAACUUGAAGGGAAUAGUUUCAGGAAGCUGAACUUAGAGUAUUUUCAGUACUUAGUUUCAGAGUCUGUUUUUCCCUCCAAAUAUAAGCCCCAGGCUGUUCCAUUACGUGUCUUGAAUGAUAGGCAAGAAUGAUCUCUGAACUGAAUUUUGGUAUUUCUGUUGGUUGAGUUUUCUGCAACUGGUAGAAUAUUGGCCACUUUUUGGAUUGGGCGUUCUGAGGUGAGUGUCUUCUUGGGAGGCAUAUAGUCUGUGCUUCUGACCCUGAACAAGAUCUGUAGAGUGUGGGGACUGACAGCUCUCAUGUGGCAACCCUAGGCCAUAAGUGACUAGAUAGGUAAAAAGAAUUAUAGACCCCCCCAGGGUCAGCCAGUUAAGAGCUCUACCCAUACCUGUCAACCCCUCCCCUUCCCCAGUUUAGGUUCUGAGCAGUAUUGGACUUGGAGGCUGCAGCUGUCUGUGUUGACUUACAAACCGCAAGUGUCUUUCCGUUACGUGAAUGUGUUCCAAGGAGGGGGCUUGUGUGUGAUUCCAGUGUCGGAUGAGUACUUGGGCCAGGCAGAGUUUGGGACAUGCUCUGGGGGACAGUUGGCCAGGUUCCUCAUGCUGUGCCUAGUGUCUGAAGGUUUUUAAGAACCUUUGUGUUGCCCGUCUGCAAUUAGGAGAUAGCAGGCCUUACGGCUGAUGGUUUUGUCCACUUAGGCUCCCAUCUGCUUGAGAAAUAAAUUAGUUCAUUCUUUUGUGCCCUUAAAUUCUUUUUGGUUGAGUCCUCCUUUUCAGAAGCAGGUGUAGUUUUAUGUCAAAAGUCUUAUCUCUUUGCUUUUACUACACCGGGGCUUCUCCCAAAGAAAAAGGCUCUUUUUUUAGUCAAGGUAUUUCCCCUUGUACCUUUUUACUUUGUGCUUCUGAUUUGGGGGCUCUUUGGCUGGCCAUGUGCUUGACCUGAACUCUCCUCGUUCACCACCAGAUUUGUACUACAUCAUUGGAAGAUGUAAAACAAGCAGUUCUUGCUCAGAACCCUCCUCUGCUGUUCAUUGUGCUUGAUAAUACUUACUGGAUCCUUCUUUCAGGGGCAGCAAGUCUGAGUUGGUGGCUGCUUGGUCUAGGAGGCCAUCAUUUCCUCCCUGUGGGGAAGGGUCUGAAAUAGAAGUAGGAGAGGUGGAAAGGGUGGUCCUUCUGGGGCAGAGCUUACUUCAGCUGAGUUCUAAAUAUUUUUCCUGAUCUGCACUUAAACCUGGUCUGAGUGGUAAGACUUAUCAACUAGAGCUCAAAAACAACUCAAAAAAAUUAGUUAAUAAUAAUAACUGGAAACUAUUUGGAAAAAGUAGCUAUUUACUAUGGAUAUCAACAACUUUUAAGUUGUUUUUUUUUUUUCCUUGCCCUGUGAACUCUCAUCCCUGUCAUCUUUCCUUAGGCCCGGCAGUGCAGUCCUCCUCCUGAUGUCCCAGGUUAGACCCUCACCUUCCUAAGCAAACACACACAUACUUGUGGUGCCUGGUCUUUUGAUGUCCCAGCUCUCACCCUCCCUUUACACUGUAGGUCAGAUGACCCAUGGCUGAGGAGGGGAUUUCUGUAGUCUCAGAAUUUAGAAAGCCCCUUAGCCAGCUGUGCUCUAGGAAACACAGAUCUGUUAUAGUUUCAAAAGCAAGGCUGUUUAAUUUAUUGAGGUUCUCAAAUUGCAGCCAGUGAGACUGAGUGAAAGACUCUGGAUCUGCUCUCCCCAAGUGUGAGAGGAGCAGCUGCCAGCACUUUGCCAGGAGGGCCACGUGGGCUCUAGCUCAGCUCGUGGUGGCCCCUUUGCUCUUGGUAGGUGGGCCAAAGCUGCCUGGGCUUUCUUGGUCUGCUCUGAAGAAGGGCAGAGGUGCUGAACUAAUGAGGCCUCAGAUCUCUACCACCAGGAAGCUGGAGAAUGGGUCAAGUCCAGUACAGUCAUUCAAGGACUUGAGUUUUUACAUUCUGGAGAGUUGGAACCUCUAGCCUGCAAGGUUAGAACUUGAAGAGGAAAGGUAUUUGAUAACUAGGUGAGAACUUCUUACCAGAACUUGGAUCAGCUCUCAGAGAAAUGGCUAAGAUUCAGGAAGAAAUAGAAAGAAUUCAGAAUCCUCAGAGUUUUGAUUAUAGUUGACUGAAAUUUUAGGAGAUUGAAGAUGCAGGAGAAAAUCAGUGGUGUUUUCUUUAGAUCAAAGGAAGAGAUAUUAGAGGGCAUGAAGGUCUGAGGUGGGGACGCAUUCAGACUGUUGUGUGGCUGUGGAGUGAGACCAUACCCUCAGCCUGGGUCAGCGUUUCUAGACCAUUCCUGAGGCACCUGUGAUGCUGGGUCCCUCUGGAGACAGCAUGACAGCUGAGGGCAGAGGGAACCCAUCCCUUCAGCAGGGCAGCCGUGGGUGGUUUGGUGCUAAAAACUUACAGCUGUUGGGAAUCCUAUGAUUAUUCCAGACCAGGUUCUUCUUGGUUGUAGGUUUGUACAAAGCAGAAACAGAGGUUGUAAUCAGUAAUGCAGAAUUUUACCCCGCCUUUUUCUCUUCUUUUCUCUCUUGCCUUUCCACUGUAGAACUUUCUCCCAACUGCAGCCUGGGCCUUGGAUUCCUAGGCUGUAAGGACAUGUAGGAGCUGCAGGGUUUACCAAGCAUGGGAGGGCAGCCUAGUACUGUUGUCCCUCCACCUUCCCCACUUUGAGAAUAUGGCAGCCCCUUGGACUGCCUGGCUUGGGGUAGGGGAGACCGUUGAAGUAGAAGCCUUUCCCUUUACUGUCUGUACUCCAGGACAAGGAAAGAGGGUCAUGCUUGGCACUUAGGUUGGGUUUUCCCAGGAAGAAAGCUGAGCUGAGCCGUCACCGUGAACCCUGGGCCAGUCCCUGGCUGGGUCAGCUACUGAGAGUGUCUCAUGUUGCAGAGCCUUGCCCACCUCACCUUCCUACACCCUCUCCUCCUCCUACAGUUGUCAUUGCUGCUAAUGGUCAAAGUCAAAUGUGUGGCCACAUGGGAUGGGCCAGGUCCUCUCAGGCUACUUUCUGGAUGUCAUGUUUUAAACAUGGAAACAUGCAGGUGCCUUCCCAAAGAGGCUUGCACUGGUAUAUCCAACCAGAAACAAAUAAGCUAAAGAAAGUUUGAACUUGGGAAGAAACAUGUUGACAGUCUGUGUAACAGCUGAAAAACGUAUAGGUACCUGCCUCCGGGACAACCCAGUGAAUAUGAACUUGUGAUAUCUGCUAUUUAAAAGGAGUGUUCUCACCUUGGGUUGAUCGUAGUAUACAGUAUGUUAAGAAAAUUGUUGAGCUGCAGCUUUGAAUUGGUUUAGUCGAGUAUGACUCACUCGCUUUGGUUCCUGUGUAUUUUAUGACCUCUUUUGCCAGUGACUUUCCCUCCCCCCAACCCUCAGUGUGAAUUUGUAGCAUGAUUGUAUAAACCUCUAUGUAGAAAAUGGACAUUUCUUGCUCUCUGAAAUGUUAAGCUCCGAUCCAUUUUUGUGCCCUUUAGCCUAGUAUGUCUGAAUUUACUUUCUUGUUACAUAUUUAAACUUUCCCUCUAUACUGUAGGUUUUGUGGCAUCCCAUGGUCAGGUGGAGAGGAAGCAGCCCCUUGCAGAACUGUACUGUAACCAUUUUUCUUUUAUAAAUAUUAUUUUCACAGGACUUAUUGUACACAGGGCUUAUAAUAAAAUUUUAACACUGUGCUGUGAAAUGACGAUGGGGAAUCUCCAUUGAAGUCUACUUCAAAGGCACCUGAAAGUGGAGUGUUAUAGCUAUGACUUUAUUUCUUGUUUCCUAAGUACAUUAAACCUAAUUUUCACCCUUUCA